UCGUGCAUUUACGCAACACUUUAGUUCCGUAAGCUGACAAUGAGCUGCACUAGUGUGAUCAAAAUGGGUGCGCCAUUACAGUUGUUCCUCGAGGGAUGAGUAAUGUUUUCAACACCGAGUGCAUCGGCGAAUAUAAUGUGAACAUUAGGCCUGCCCUGGCAGCGCUGUUUGGCUCAAGUUGGACUUAACCCUUCAGCGCUCCCCGCAGAGGUGCCGUUCAACACCAGAUCAGCCCAAAUUGGGCCGCACGUUCGCGCCAACCGCACUCGGCCACUGCAACCCAAUUCGGAACGAGUUCGGUGCACGAAGCGAGAUCGUCCCGCGCAGCGGCCAGGUUUGCUGAGCUGAGCUCCUCCAAAUCUGGCAGCACCGCCUUUGACCAAGUGUCUGCAAAAUGCACAGCAGACCCCACCAGUGAUACGACGCGAUCGGCGACACCAGCGCAAUAGUGAUGCGCUCAAAGACAGUAAGGUCUUCCCGCGUACCACCUCCCAAAAAUUCCCAGAGCCCCCUUGUGAUACUCAGUAAUAAAAAGAAGCCUGCGGCCGCCAAGCCAAAUGCGACGCACAAAACCCGGGCGCAGCCCAAGUUGGGCCGCAGCCAGGCGCCCUCAGGAGAGAAGCCCAAGGGCAAGCUGAAGAAGAUGGACGUGGCAAAGAGCCUGGACAAAAAAGCGGCACCGGACGCCCUUGAGAAGAAAUCAAACAUGGAGCCGUCCAACCCGCAGCCGCCGGCCAAGCAGCAGCCCAAGGGCAAGACGACUAAGACCGCGCCCCCUCCGAAGACCACCCCGAAAAAAGUGCCCAAGCCUCGUAAGGGGACGGCGCCGCCUGCCAAGAAACUUCCCUCAAAGAAUGUGAGGGCGCCCAAGGCCACGCCCCCGGCAGCGCGAGGGCCCAAGAAGAAGGAGCCGAAGACGCCGGCCAAAAAGGAGCCAAAGCCAUCAGGUGUUGACGAGCCGUUGUUGCUCAAGGACGGCAGAGUUCGCAAGAGGGCGCCGUACAAAAAACGGGUCAAGCCGGAGCCGGCAAGCGUUGAGCUUUCUGAUUCGGCAAUUGCGAAAAUCCUCUCCAAAACCAAAGAACCAAGAGGGACCAAAGAUAAAAAAGUACCCCAGAUUAAAGAAGAGAAGAAACCAAAGGCGGCGGCAAAGGUGGUCAAGGCUGACGAGAGCAAAAAAGCAACAGUCGCCGCCGCCAAGGCAAAAGAGGUCGAGGAGAAAAAACUCAAGUCGCUGGCCAAACUGCUGAGUUGCUCGGCGGCCGUGGUCAAGGAGGCGAAAAAGGAGCCCGAAGUGAAGAAAGUGGAGCCGGUGUUGAAGGAAGCGAAGAAGCAGCCCGUGAGCAAGGCGAUGAACCCACCCAAGAAGAGGGCCAUGGCACCCUUGAAGAAGCGGCUUGUGGCGCGAGCGGCCAUCGACGAGGCGGCCCUGAUCGCGCAGGCGGCCGCCCUGCCCGAGAAGAAGGAGACCAAGAAAGCAGCAGGUACCAAAGUCACAGUCAAAGCGCCGCCGCUGCCGGCCAAGAAGGGCGGCAAGAAGUCAGACGUUUCCUCGUCGAGUCCUAGUUCGCCAGAAGCACCAAAGGGGAAGAAGCGGGAAAGCAAGCAAGCCAAAUCGAUCGCGCAGAAGAUGCUGCCACCAAAGAAGAGGAACCUGCACGCCCUGCAGGUCACCAAGCCCAAGGCGAAGAAGGCGGCCGGGCGGCGCGAGUCCUCCAGUUCCUCGGAGGACGAGAAGCCGCUGGACGUCUUCCGCUUCUGGGGCGAGCCCAAGAAGCACAGGGUGGCCAGCUUGAACGCCCUGGCCAAAGUGCACUGCAUGUACGAGAACGAGGCGUCGCGACCUGUGGAGAACCACCAGGUGGCCACCACCACCACCAGCACCACGCGCAGCAGCGUCUCGAGGACCACCAAGUCUAGUCAGUGGUACGACAGCUCAACCGAGAGCAGCACCAGUGGCUCCGAGUCCAACUCGGGCGCCCUCGUGCCCUACCGGCGAGGAGCCAAGCCGGCCAAGAAGACCAAAAAGAAGCAGAGCAAACGGGUGGAGCCCGAAGAGGAGGACGAGGAGUCGUCGCCCGCACCUUCGCCACCACCCAAGCAGACUAAGCGGAAGAAGAAGAAGUCUGACAUGCUUAUGGACCUGAAGGACAUGGUGGUGCGCAAGAGGAUGGCCAGUCUGAACGCGUCGGCCAUGUUGGCGGCCAGUUAUUCCUUCGAGAAGCGCAGUCCAAACAAGAACUGCACCACCACGGUGGAGGUUGUCGAAGUCAAACAGCAGACGUCGACCUCCAUUGAUAAAAAGGAGGACGGCGACACCGUGUCAACUUCAUCCAUCAACAUGGUGCGCGUACGCAAAAACAAGAUCCUGGCCAAGAAGAAAGCCAAGGAGGCCAAGAGCAGGGCGGACAAGAAGCGCAAGAUGAAGGACGAGAGCACGACUGACGAUGCGUCUGCCGAUGACCCUGACGACGACAUUCCACUCUCCAAUGUGAUCAAGCUGCGCAACCCAAAAAAGGUAGCACUCAUCGUCAACGACACUGACGUCACCAUCACCGGCGUCUACGUCAACUCGCGCACCACCGAGGGCUACUGCAUUUCCGGGAUGGAGUAUCGCAUUUCGUCGACGCAGACCAAGUCGACCACGGUGGUGCAGCCACCCUCGCAAGUUGCCGCCGCCAGUCCAGGCUCAGAGUAUGUGGCUCAGCAGCACCACCAUCUGCACCACCACCACCACCAUCACAACCCUGCCGCAACUUCGGAGCCGGGUGUUUACCACGCAGCGGGAGGCGAACGUGAGCCGGCCACCGUGUUUCUGAAGCCGGCGCCGCCGCAGAGCUACACGCCGCUCGGUGCACUGUCGAGCAUGCAGCCGCCCGCCUCACUGCAGCAGGGGCCGCCUCCGCAUCACCCCCCGGGGCCGCCGCCGCCGAUGGGUGUGCACCACCAGCCUCCGCUUGGAAGCAGCGGCAGUGCGUUUUCGGCGCCCAUUUCUUCCUGCACCGGUCCUCCGCCGACUCAUGACCAGCCUCACUAUCUUCAAGGUUACUACCAACCGGCAGGACCACUGAUCCACGCCGGGGCAGAGAUGUGCUGCGCGCCGCCUAAGAUCGUGCCGAACCACUCGGCCGCCCCCAACUCUGCCGUCAGCCCGCUGCUGAUCGCCACCUCGUCCGCCGCCACUUCCUCUGCGGCCGCCGCCGAAGUGACGUCGACGUCGUCGACCCUUCCGUCGCGCAUCGUCUCGUCGCAGGUGUCGCCCUUCUCCACCUACCAGCCGCAGUACGCGCCGCACUACAUCGCGCACUACUCGGCGCCGCCUCAGUACGCCAGUCCCCAGUACUACCAUCCGCAGGCCAACCACCAGUUGGUGGCAGCCUCGCACCACCUGGCGCCGCCCCACCACGAAAUCUGCGCUUACCCCCCGUGCUACGGUCCUCCGCCGCACUACAAGUACCAGCCGCAAACGUACCACCCCCGGUACGCACCCCCCGCGCAGCACUUCUUCCCACACGCCUCAGGGACCAUCUACUCGGCGCCCCCGACCGCCUCCACCUCCAACCAGAGCAUGCACCUCCAGUCUAUGCCCUCGACGAGUGGGGCCAAACUGCAGGCGCCCUCCACCUCGGCCACCCCCACCACCAUCUACCAUCCCCCGCCACCGCCUGUUAUUACGCAGCAUCCGCCGGAGCCGCCACAUUACCAUUUCUACACAGGGUACAGCCCCGGAGGACCAGUGGGGCCUUGUUUGCCCCAUCCGGCCACCAGAGGAGUAGCUUAUUUGGAUUCCACCUACCAAACCACCUGUCCAUGUCCAAUGCAGUCCUGUCCAAAAAACGUCCAUACUGGGCCCCUUACUGGUGACAGUAAGGGGCCGGGACCUCAGGAGUCCCUCUUUGUAUUGCCGACAGUGGCCGCCGCGGCGCUGCCAGGGGAAGCCCUGGCUCCGGGCCAUCCCCCGAGUCCAGCACGGGGGAGCUCCGGAGGCCCGGCCGCCGCUCACGGUCCGUCACCCUCAGUGGAGGAGGAGCAGAUCACACCCCCUGCGUGGGUGGCAGCUGAACCAACGCCGCCGCCCUCGGACGACUCGUCGGCACCCCGAGGAAGCUACUUUUACGACCAGGUGGACAACAACACCACCGACGUCAAUCAAAACUACAACUGCAAAAGGAAGCACACCUCGAGCUCGACCAUCACAAGCACCCCUCUGGCUAGCAAGAGGUCAAAGUUGAUGGAAAACAACAACUUGAAUUUGAAUGAGCCUCUGCUCAUUACCACCACCAUGUUGGCGGAUGCAAAUAAAGUUGGCCAGUUUGACAAUUUGUCGGCAAAGUUGCACUCGAAGGGCGGCACCCCUCAAAUGGGGAUUUUGCCUCUGACCCCGCCAACCUCGUCAGACACCUCGCCUUCCAUUAGCAGCACUGGCUCGUCGAGCAAAACCAAGCAUAGUAAGCAGCCUGCAGAAAAGGCAAAGAAGGUGCAAAGACAGUUGAACACACUGAGUCCGAGUGAGAAGGACAGCCCGACCAAACUGGAGUUUGAAAUGUUGAGCAGAUCUCUCGAUUCAUCUGAAAUCGAAAACACUGGGACAAAGUUUAAAAACUCCUGUCUUGUCAACGGUUCUCCUAUUUUGGAGCAAAGUGAUCCACCUGAGGAAGAGAAAAUGGAAAAGCUCGAGGUUUCGAAGAAGGUUCGAAAGCGGUCGGGUCAAAAUGUGGCGCCGAAGAAGUCUAAAAAGGCAACGUUGGCAGCUGAGAAGGAGGCUGAGGAGUUGGCCCACAAUGAUUUGAUGACGAAGGUUAGCUUGAGAAAGUCAUUUGCACCGAAGUGGUCCAAUGGCUGGUCUUGGGAAGGAGAGCCAUAUCAAGCAAAAGUCUUCCUGAGGAGUGAUGAUCCGCCUGUGCUUCGGUACUGCUACCCAGCAAUGAGGCAUGAAGAGGGUGACAUAAUCAUGCCCCGAGACUGCAUUUUGUUGAAGUCUGGCACCAGGAAGGGUGACCUGCCUUAUGUAGCAAAAGUUACUGCUCUCUGGGAGAAUCCUGAAGAUGGUGAAAUGAUGUUGAGCCUUCUCUGGUUUUACCGCCCUGAGCAUACCGAGCAGGGACGCCUUCCAAAUCACAUGGCUGAUGAAAUUUUUGCCUCAAAACACAAGGACAGCAGCAGUGUGGCCUGCAUUGAGGACAAGUGCUAUGUUCUCACCUUUAAUGAAUACUGCAGAUAUCGAGCAAAAGCCAAGCAAAUAGAAGUUGGUGUCUCGUCCAGAACUUCGAUCGUUCCCCAGCAGUCGCAGGAUGAUGUUUCUGCUCAACGACGGAUCCGCCAACCAGCCUGUCUGGCAGCACCUGAACUGGUCUUCUUCUGCCGGCGUGUCUACGAUUUCCGCUGCAAACGGAUGCUGAAAAAUCCCGGGGCCUAGACCACCAUGUUAUCAGAAAGUGCAAAGGCUGUGCAGUUUUAGAGAAAACAUUUCUAAUAUCACUGAUGAUUUCCUGUCUAAUUCUGGACCGAACUCAACUUCAAGUAGAAGUGUUGCCAUGUCUUUUUCUACUCACUAACUGCACUGUUGCUACUUUUUUCAACUUCCUACCUUUUUUAUAUUUUAUUUUGUUUCUUAUUUAUUGGACAAAUGUACAGCAGUUAGUUAGUGAUUCCUACUGCACUUCAUUAUUUUUAUGUUAAUUAUUUUGCAGAGCAGUGCAAAAUGCAACUUCCGUAGAAAAUGCACCUUUACAAUCAAAAAUUAUUUCAAUCCAGUUGAUAUACUAGUGUAAAGUUGAUUUUGUUGUUAUGUCCUUUGUCAUCGACGCAAAUUAUCCAUCUGUUGCAUUCACAUGGAUGGUGCCAUUGGGCAUGUAGAGCCAGGGAACUAAAUUGUUAAUUAAUCAACUAUUCUAAAGCAAAAAUUAUGCUUGCGAGUUGUGUGUUCCAGGCACCAUUUUUUAUAUUUCUGUGUUUGCCCCUGUGAAGCGCACUUAUUCAUUGGAUAGUGUAGAUUUAGUUGUUAAUCUUUUUUAUCAUGCAAACAUAAGGUUUGCAGUUUCGUAAACUGAAGAAGUCUUAGCUAAUGUGGAUCAGAAGGGCUCACAGAGUCCUUCCAAAAGCAAUUAGUCUUUUAAAUUUUAAAUUUUUGUUUCACGUUUUCUAACAAGACCGAUAUUUAGUGAUUUUUAUCGUUACUGAGAGGUGUGCCGAAUUAAAUUUUCUGCUACUGCUGAAUUCCAUCUUGAUACAAGAAAACAACUGUAUAUUCUUCUACUACUGUAUGUUAUUACGAUAGAGAGUAUUGCAAAUGAAUGUUCGUUUUAUGUACAAUGAACAGGGUUCAAAACCCCUUUUACUAUUUAACUGUGCAAAAAUCAAUACUUUGUGCAGACGUCAUGUCUUUUGAAAAAAACGAGUAAAAAGAAAUAGAUUCUGUCUCCAUGACACUCGCGUUGGUCCUUUACCUGAUAUGAGAGCACAUCAUUUACACAAACACACAAAACCCAGCCUUAAUGUGACGAGAGGGAGAGUUAUAGCGGAGGACGAUUAGGAAAAUUAAUACAGUUUUUAUCCAAUUAAUGAAAAUUUAAAAAAUGGUGUGCAUUUUAACCUGAUGUUCAUUUGCCUGCAUUUUAAUGGAGAGAUAUGUAUGAACCACACUCGUGAUCAGUGUCUUGAUAUAAAACAAUUAUAAUAAAAAUAAUUGCAUAUAUAACGGUUGAAUAUAUUAGUUGAGUAACUGCUGAUCAAGAUAGGUCUCAUUCCGAAACAAGCCAAACACACGCGCAUAAUACAAAAUAUUAGGAAUCAAUGGUCAUUAUUCAUUUUUGUGGAAUAUCUUGGAAGAAGAGUGUUUGAAUGUAAUGUUGUAUACAAUUACUAAUCACCAAUUAAAGAAAAAAAAAUAUUGCUAAUAUAGUGAAUAACUUCUGACUUAAACACACAAAAAUUAUUUGGUAAAUGCAGAAAGAAUAUUAACUGAAAAA